AUGCAUAAUGAUAUUCGUUGUCCAUUAAAAAUUUUUCAUCAAGAACGUGAGAUCAAUGUCAAUGAACUUAUAUCAGUCAGCUUAAAAAAACAGUCUGGUUUCGAACUUACAUUAAAGAAUGAUGCUGGACAAACUUGGGUAGUACCUUUUCAAACUAAUCAAGAAUUGUCAACGAUUCCAAAUAAGGCCAAUAUAUCAUGUCAUUUCAAUGGUGUUAGCAGAUCUAAUGAGCAAAGUGCUAUGAGCACUUGUUCAAAUUCACUUUUUGGGCAAGUUAUAUACUGGAAUUCGAAGAAAAAACGUUCUAUCAGUGCAUCAUAUGAUUACUACUCAGAUUAUUUGGAUAGACGUUGGCGUUACGUAGAGUUAGCACUUAUUGCAGAUCAUUUAGUGUUGUACGUACCGUUAAAUAUUCGAGUUAUUCUUGUUUGGGCAGAUAUAUGGAUGGAUAAUAAUUCAAUAGAUAUUUCGUCAAGUUCUGAUAAGACGUUAUGGAACUUUUUAAACUGGCGAAAAAGAUUCAUAAAAGAUCAUCCGCAUGAUAAUGCCCAAUUACUAACUGGGAUUGUAUUUGACAACAAUGUUGUUGGAAAAGCUUUUAAAGGUACGAUGUGUUCAUAUGAUUUUUCGGGCGGUGUCAAUAUGGAUCAUAGUACCCAAGCUCAAUACGUUGCUGCUACUAUUGCACAUGAAAUGGGACAUAAUUUUGGUAUGGAGCAUGAUAUUGAUGAAGCUGAAUGUCGUUGUCCUGCAGAAUCUUGUAUUAUGUCUUCAGCAACUGGCAUAAAGCCUCCAACAUUUUGGUCAGAGUGUAGUUUACGUACAUUGCAACAUAGUCUUUCUCGAGGAGUUGAUUACUGUUUACGUAAUUCACCAGAAAGUGUAUUUGGUGGUGCUAGAUGUGGGAAUGGAAUUGUAGAAGCUGGUGAAGAAUGUGAUUGUGGGACACCUAAUGCUUGCAUCAACAAAUGUUGUAAUCCAGCAACAUGUAAGUUAGUGGAAACAGCUGAUUGUGCAAGUGGGGAAUGUUGUGAUCUAAAUACUUGUCAAAUGUUACCUGCAUCAACCGUAUGUCGUCAACCAACUAAUGAAUGUGAUUUGCCAGAGUAUUGUGAUGGGCAGAUGGAGCACUGUCCAGCUGAUUUUUAUGUACAGGAUGGUCAUAAAUGCCCAGAUCACGUUGAUGAUUACUGUUAUAAUGGCUAUUGUGGAAGUCGCGAUGCUCAGUGUGAGUAUAUUUGGGGAAUGACAGGCAAAAAUGCUGCAGCGGAAUGUUAUGAUUUGAAUUUUUAUGGUAGUAGUGGUGGAAAUUGUGGCUUUGUGCAUGAGACAAAUCGUUUCAUUCCUUGUCAUAAAAGUAAUGUCAAAUGUGGACGAUUGCAUUGUACCCAUGAAAAUGAAAAAUUGGCAUUUGGUGAUCCAUCCACAGUUUAUACUGCAUAUACAGGUUUACGAUUAACAAAUAAUGAAGAUGUUGCGUGCAGAGUAGUUUGGACAAAAUAUGUCGGUGGCAAAAAAAAACCUGAUCCCGGAAUGGUUCCAGAUGGUGCUAGUUGUGGUCAAGAUAAGAUGUGCGUUGAUGCUGAGUGCUCAAAUCGAACUGCAAAAGUAUUGAUGGCACCGAAAUGUGAUCCAAUAUCAUGUAAUAACGCGGGUAUCUGUAAUAAUAUGGGUAACUGUCAUUGUGUGCCAGGUUAUGGUGGGCCAUCCUGCGCUAUUCCUGGUCCUGGCGGAUCAGUUAACAGCGGUCCAGCUGUAGAAGGUGGUGUUGUACAUGUAGGAUUUGUAGCAUUCUGGUUUUUGUUGGUGUUAGGUAUUGCUUUUAUUGGGGCAUCGAUUGUCGUGAAACGAAAGAAAGAUUUUUGGCUGCACAAAGAAAUAUGGGGAAAGCUGAAAAAAGUUCUAAGAAUUGAGAAGUUGCUCGUACCAAUUCGGAAGGCACCGCCACCUCCUAGACCAGCUAUACGUACGAGUGAUCUUAAUAAUUUGUGGGGUGAUCAAUUAGAUCUUGCCCAAGUACGCUACAAUCAGCAACCUCUUCCGCCAUCUAUAAGUCUACCUGUUGUUUCACCUGAGAAUUUGAAUUCACUCCCUUGGAAAUCUAAUAUUACUAGUCGUAACUCAAUGAGACCAACUGUAGCUCCUCCACGGGUACCACAGCGCCCUCAAAGUGAUGCUUUAGAAGCAUUUUAUACAGGAAAAGGCGCUGAAGUAGGGAUUAUUCCAGCUGCUUCAACGACACCAUCAUAUUAUGUUCCAACUGAGUCUUGUACUUCGAAAAUAUCUAAAUUCGGAAGUUUUAGACCUGAGCAGGCACCACCUCCACCACCUCAUCGUAAUCAAGCUGCAAAUAAUGCUAGAUCAGAUGAUAAGAUUAAACCUGUUCUACCGGCAAAACCUUUGAUUGUAAAGGAUUUAGCUUCACGUUUCGAUCCAAAGUUAUCGCAAGUAUCCGCUAAAUUCAUAUAA